GACUUUCCUUCGCUUCUUGCUCUUGCGGUUCCACUUUUCUUUAUUCAUUCUUGUGUUUUUAACGCUCUUCUUCUUUUUCUUUUUUUCCCGCUUGGCUUCCCGGGUUUGGUGAGCUGCAUUCCAGCUGCCUCGUGUUGACUUGCCUUCGAUCAUGCCUUGCUCGUUGUGUCCUAUGCUACCCUAGAGUUUAAAUUUUGGUUACCUUCCUCUCUUUGGGUUGUGGGAUUCUCUUGAAUUUGACCCAAUUUUGGAUUUUGAAUUCUGGGUUUUCCACGGAAUUGUAAGAAGGAUCCGCCAGUGAAACGUUGCGGGUGAGCCAGUUGAUUCAGACGCUCAGCAGAGGAAGAAAAGUUAUAACAGAGGUGACUGCUUAUAUUGAGUUUCUUUCUAAUCUUGUGAAGGGCACAGACAGUGGGGACUAUGAAGUGCUUACCAUUUACAAUUAGGGAUAAAAAUGGAGAACCAAAAACAACCAAAUCUGUGUCUGUCCGCUCUACCUCCACUUCUAUGUCUGCAGACCGUGAUAUGAGAACAUCUUGGUCUGAACUCAUGUCUCAGAAUGCGUCUGAUUUUAGCACAGCAUCGUCUGCAACUGCGGUGAACCCAUUUGCAAUACUGUCUCAACGGCAGAGUAAUUUGAGAGAAUUCACAUUCGAGGAGUUGAAAGCAUCCACGAAGAAUUUCAGCCGUUCCCUCAUGAUUGGAGAAGGUGGAUUUGGGGGAGUUUAUCGGGGUAUAAUGAGGAGCACGGAUGAUCCACAUAAGAAGAUAGAUAUUGCUGUCAAACAGUUAAGCAGAAGAGGACUGCAGGGUCAUAAAGAAUGGAUUACAGAAGUAAAUGUUUUGGGUGUCGUUGAACAUCCAAAUCUGGUGAAAUUACUAGGCUAUUGUGCCGAAGAUGACGAGAGAGGCAUUCAGCGUCUGCUGGUAUAUGAAUACAUGCCGAACCGCAGUGUGCAGGAUCACUUGUCAAGCAGGUUCCAGACACCUCUUUCGUGGACCAUGAGAAUAAAGAUUGCCCAGGAUUCUGCACGAGGGCUAACCUACCUCCAUGAAGGAAUGGAUCUCCAGAUCAUUUUCAGAGAUUUCAAGUCAUCAAACAUACUUUUGGAUGACCAGUGGAAUGCCAAGCUAUCAGAUUUUGGAUUAGCGAGGCUAGGGCCUUCAAGUGGAGAUAGUCAUAUCUCAACCUUGGUGGUAGGAACGAUCGGUUAUGCUGCUCCUGAGUACAUCCAAACUGGACACCUCACAACUAAGAGUGAUGUCUGGAGCUAUGGAAUUUUUCUUUACGAGCUCAUCACGGGUCGCCGCCCUUUGGACCGGAACCGGCCAAAGAAUGAGCAGAAGCUUCUGGAAUGGAUCAAGCCAAAUCUAUCUGAUAUGAAGAAGUUCCAAACCAUCCUGGACCCACAGCUCGAAGGCAAGUACUCUCUCAGGUCCGCCCAAAGGCUAGCCUCUGUGGCCAAUCGGUGCCUCGUACGGCAUCCCAAGACACGGCCCAAGAUGAGCGAAGUCUUAGCGAUGGUGGACCGAAUUGUGGAAGCAAUGGAAACCGGAAGUCCUAAAGCCCCAUUGAGAAGCGUAGCAACGAACGACGAGUUGGAAAAAUCGAGAACAGAGCGAUUUAAGAGGAGGUUUCUGGAUCCAAUAACUGGAGAGAUGGGGUGGUUGGUUUGUUGGACGUGGAGACCAAAGCUCAUGAAGACGUGCUAAACAAGGAGGUGAAGCCAAGGUAUUCGGCUUCUUGUUCGGUUACAUAGGAUGAGGUAAUCAACUGUUGUGAGGUUUCCUCUACAACCUUUGGCUGUUUUUCGGGUUCUACACAACAUGUAUAUUGUCCAGUUUUGUGUUUAUUUUACAGAAGUGUUGGAAGUGUAGGAAUGUUAACAGAGCUGAGUGACUGCAACCUCUGGGUUUAUACAACUGCAAGUAUUCAAUUAUUGUUAAGCAACUCAAUAUAAACAAGGAUGAUGAGUUUAUGAGGAUGAAA